AUGGUUUUGUUUUUGGAAAAGCCUAAAGCUUAGCUGAGUUUUUGUUUAGAUUUUUUAUUAGAAACUAAUUUCAAUUUCAACUGUUUUUCUUUUUGCAAAACCCAUGAAAUUGAUACAAGGGGUUUCGAGAUUAUAGUCCAGUGGUUUUGUUUUAAUUGAAUUAGGAUUUUGUUUUGUGUUCUAUUUUUAUUUUUUUUAAGUAAUUUAUAAAAAACUGUUGAAGCAACAUCGACAGGAAUGGACAAUCUUGUAACCUAAAAUUUUUGCAACCAAGUCUCAGGCUGUUGCUUUUUCAAUUAGGGUAUUUUUGUUGGGGUUUAAUUUUUUAGAGGAAACAGCCUGGUGUUAUGCUUAAAGGAGAAAUUGGAGAACCACAGAUUAUAGCGAUUUGGGUUUUUGUAGCCUUUGUCUUUUGGGUUCUUGGGACUAUUAUGAGGAAGAGUAGUGAUGGGCAGCAGCUGAAGAAUACGCAAGGGCGAGCUAACAAUGGGUUUUUACCAAGCUCGUUUCGGACGAUCUCAAGCUACUUGAGGAUUGUUUCGUCUGGGGCAUCCACGGUGGCUAGGUCUGCUGCCUCUGUUGCUCAAUCUAUUGUGGAUAGAGAUGAUGAUGGCAACAAUGAUAAGGUCCAAUGGGCUGGGUUUGACGAGUUAGAAGAUGAGGAUGGUGUAAUUCGGAGGGUUCUCCUAUUGGGUUAUCCGUCUGGUUUCCAGGUUUGGGAUGUCGAGGAAGCAGAUAAUGUUCGUGACCUUGUUUCUAGACAUGAUGGCCCUGUUUCCUUCAUGCAAAUGCUGCCAAAACCAAUAACAUCAAUGCAAUCAGUCGACAAAUUUGCAGACAGCCGACCUAUUCUGGUAGUUUUUACUGAUGGGACCCUUUCUGGAGGUACUAGUGUUCAAGAUGGAUUAGCUACUCCUUACAAUGGGAACAUACCUGAACACCAUGAUUUUGGUAAUGGUAGUUUUGUGCCAACUGUUGUUCGGUUUUAUUCCCUGAAGUCUCAAUCCUAUGUACACAUGCUGAAGUUCAGAUCAGUUGUUUAUUCUGUGAGGUGCAGCUCUCGAAUUGUAGCUAUUUCUCAAGCAGCUCAGAUACACUGUUUUGAUGCCACAACAUUGGAGAGGGAAUAUACUAUUCUUACAAAUCCUAUAGGCAUGGGUCAUCCCGGUUCUGGAGGCAUAGGUUAUGGACCUCUUGCAGUUGGUCCCAGGUGGCUAGCUUAUAGUGGAAGUCCGGUUGUAGCCUCCAGUACUGGACGUGUUAGCCCGCAACAUCUAACAUCUUCUGCAAGUUUUUCUGGUUUCAAUUCAAAUGGGAGUUUGGUUGCGCAUUAUGCAAAAGAAUCAAGCAAGCAACUUGCUGCUGGAAUUGUGACUCUAGGGGACAUGGGAUAUAAGAAGUUGUCCAGGUAUUGCUCAGAGCUUCUACCUGAUAACCACGGUUCCCUUCAAUUUGGGGGUCCUGGCUGGAAAGGCAAUGGUACUACUAAUGGCCAUUUGCCAGAUGCAGAUAACGUGGGAAUGGUUGUUGUCAGGGAUAUUGUUGGUAAACUUGUUAUUGCCCAAUUUAGAGCGCACAAGAGUCCUAUUUCAGCAUUGUGCUUUGAUCCUAGUGGGACCCUUCUAGUUACUGCCUCAGUUCAUGGUCAUAACAUAAAUGUUUUCAGAAUAAUGCCUGGACUCCAGGGAAGUUCUUCAGCAGGUGAUGCUGGUGCAUCCUAUGUACAUCUUUACAGGCUGCAGCGUGGAUUUACCAAUGCAGUUAUACAGGACAUCAGUUUCAGUGAUGACAGCAAUUGGAUUAUGAUAAGUUCCUCUCGGGGGACAAGCCAUUUAUUUGCUAUUAAUCCAUUUGGAGGAUCAGUGAACUUUCAGUCUUCAGAUGCUAGUUACACCAGUAGAAAUAGUGGAUUAGGUGUAAUGAGCAAGUCAGCUGUUUGUUGGCCUCCUAGUUUAGGUCUACAAAUGCAUAAUCAACAGAACUUUUGUGCUUCUGGUCCUCCAGUUACACUGUCUGUUGUCGGCAGAAUAAGGAAUGGGCACAAUGGUUGGAGAGGUACGGUUAGUGCUGCAGCGUCUGCAGCAGGCAGACUGGGUUCCCUUUCAGGAGCUAUUGCUUCGUCUUUUCACAGCUGCAAAGGCAACAAUGAAUUAUAUGUGGAUGGCACCACUUUGAAGACAAAGUACCACCUUCUUGUUUUCUCACCCUCCGGUUCAAUGAUACAGUAUGUAUUACGAAUAUCAGCUGGCGUAGAUUUGACAACUGCUGUGCCUGGAUUAGGUAUAGGCACUGCUUAUGAACCAGUUCCAGAAAAUGAUGGAAGGUUAGUAGUGGAGGCAAUUCAGAAGUGGAAUAUUUGUCAGAAACAAAACCGAAGAGACCGAGAGGAUAAUGUUGACAUAUAUGGAGAAAAUGGUAAUUUAGAUAACAAUAAGAGAUAUACUGAAGGCAAAAAAAAGGGAAAUAGUGUUCAUCCUGAAGGUACAGGUAAUGCUACAAAAGCGAAAAUCAGUCUUGAGGAAAAGCAUCACUUGUACAUUUCUGAAGCUGAGCUACAAAUGCAUCAAGCUCAUAUCCCAUUAUGGGCAAAGCCUGAGAUAUAUUUUCAAUUGAUGGUGACAGAGGGGAUAAAAAUGGAUGAAGAAAAUACAGUGCUAGGGGAAAUUGAGGUAGAAAGGAUUCCAGCUCGUACGAUUGAAGCAAGGUCAAAGGAUUUAGUUCCAGUUUUUGACUAUCUUCGACAUGCAAGGGUUCCUGCCUUAGAUGGUAAUAUCAAUGGGCAUCUACAGCAUCAAAGGUCUGUGUUGACUGAAAAUGGCAAGCAUUCACGUAGGAGUAGCUCUGGCUCUCUUGAUUCCAUGACCGACUCUGGUGCUGUAACUGCUGAACUUCAGAAUGUGGUUGAAGAAACUGGGUGGUAUGGUCAUAGGAAGCCGGUAGAAGCUAUGGGCUUUGUAAAUAGUAGGGACAGCCCCAAAACAAACACAUGGCUUGAGAAUGUAAAUAACACAGAGAGCUUAAGAACAGGAGCUCAACUCAAGUUUGUAAAUAGUAACAAUGGAGGCCCAAAAGCCGAGAAUCAUUUUGAAGAUGAGGGCGAUGAGUUUGAUUAGAGGUGUGCAGUUAUUCUUUUAUUCUGGUGGAGGGUUCAUUAACCAUGUUAAUAUUUGUGGAUGGAAUUGUAGACUGAAUGAGAGGCACAGAGGCUCAACUGCGAAGCGGAAAUGUGGAUACUAAGUAAGUAUGCUGGGUUCCGGUCUUCUGUUGACGAUGUAAAUAAUAGUCGUAUAAUGGCAAAUAAUCAGUUGUAAUAUGUAAAUAUAUACACCAUAUAGCAUUAACUUAAAUAACUCUUUGUCACCUUUUUCUUAUUCUAUUUAUUCUAAAUAUGAUAUGUUACAAUUCUUGGCAAGUUAAAA